AUGACCGCCAAUACACCACCGAAGGUCGACCCGACCGCCGAAAUCUGGAUCGGUGAGAAGAGCCUCUUCAUCUUCAUUGUAUUCAUGAUGGUCCUCGGCUCGCUCAUCCUGCUCCCUACUGCAUACGUCCGAUGGCGGCACAGACGAAUUAUGGAACCAGAAGUCAUCUUCAUCGUGCUUGGGUAUGCGUUUUUUCUCGCCCAUGAAAUCGUCCUACUCAGUCUUCAGCCUCUGGUUUACCGUCUGAGCUAUGUGGCUCUAGGCAUGAAGCCAUACUACAAAGAGAUCAUGGCCGAGAGACACAAUGUGGUUGUCCUUGCCAACGUCUCAACCUACCUCUUCUAUGCAACGCUCUGGUGCAUUAAAAUCUCCCUGCUCCUCUUCUUCCGCCAGUUCAUGUCUGCCCUGCCGGAGCAGCUCCGUUGGUGGAAGAUGGCUUUGGGAUAUCUAAUCCUCACUUAUAUUUUCGGCUUCCUUGUAACGCUGCUGUCCUGCGGUGGGCCCCAUCAGCUUGGCCAAACUACGAAAAAAUACUGUCAAAGCCAUAUAGACGGCAUAACGCGAAAUUUGAGCUUGUUUGGCUGGUUUGCAGCUGAUGUCUCAACCGAUUUGCUGAUUAUGAUCCUCCCGUUGAGGCUCGUCUUCGCAAUGCAUAUCUCCCACGCACAAAAGAUAAGGGCGGGCGCCCUGUUUUCUGUCGGCAUGCUUUGCAUGAUCACCGCCAUAAUCCGCCUCGUUCAGAUUGGCUCUAAGACGGGAGUUACAAACCCGAACGUCCAAUGGUUUUCUCUCUGGGGAACCGUGGAAGCCACCACCGCUAUGGUUGUUGGCUGCCUUCCAACCUUCCGCCUCCUCUUCAAGGCACGCCCUGGAAAGACACCUCCCAAUUAUUCACUGAAAGUGCCUCCAUUUAACUCGGACUCGAGCUCAAAACCCCCACCUAGUUUCAACGACAGGCAAGGAAAGGCUAAUUCGGGUAUUCAUUUAAACAUAAUCAGCUCUCGACGCAGCAGCCGACAUCUAAGCCGCGGUGACAAGAUAACCGCGUCGACGGAAAAUUUAGCUCCAUCCGGUAGGGCGGCAGAUCCACCGGCCCAUCUAUAG